ACCAAUACCGUCUUCUUCUGCCUCGCGUGGCUUGGUAGCUCGCUCGGUCCUUUCUUUGCUUGUUCUAGCUCCAUAGUUCUGCUCCAUCGCAAUAUUAGCGAUCUCUACCUCUCUCUGUGUGCGAACCGCAGGUCCAGACCUUGAUCGAAAUUGGCUGUCAAAAGGUUAUAGGCACUGGAAAAUAAGAGUAACUGAGAGGGAUGAGAUAACUGCCAUGCAGAUUCAUUAACCACAGCUGAAUUCUAUGGAUAAGUGCCAGUCAUUUUGGAUUUGUAUCUUUUAUCGUGGACUCAGUUGAUUUGUCCUGGAGGCGUUGACAGCUUACUGAUACCAAUCUGUUCCAUUUAGUUGGUACCCAGAAUUACACCAUGCCAUAUUAUAUUCAAAGACUUUACAACACCUGCAGAGCGUCUUUUUCGCCAGAAGGACCCAUAUCAGAAGAGGCCCUCGAAAAAGUUCAUGUUAAGUUAGAGAAAAUGAAGCCCUCUGAUGUAGGUCUUGAACAGGAGGCACAAAUAGUUCGUGAUUGGGCUGUUCGUGAACGUAAUGGAAGCCAUCAGACAUUGCCACCGAUUAAAUACCUGCAUUUGCAUGAGUGUGACAGCUUCUCUAUGGGGAUUUUCUGCAUGCCACCCUCAUCUAUCAUACCGCUUCAUAACCAUCCUGGAAUGACUGUUUUGAGCAAGCUUAUCUAUGGAUCAUUGCAUGUGAAGUCAUACGACUGGAUUGAUUUACCUGCUCCUGACGACCCAUUGGAAGCAAGACCUGCAAAGCUUGUAAAAGACACUGAUAUGACGGCUCCAUCUGGGACAACAAUUCUUUAUCCAAACAGGGGAGGCAACAUCCAUUGUUUCAGAGCCAUAACACCGUGUGCUAUUUUUGAUAUCCUGUCUCCACCUUACUCUUCAGAGCUUGGACGACACUGCACUUAUUUUGGAAGGUCCCCACGAAGGGAUCUACCUGGUGAACUUGAAGUGAAUGGUGAGACAAUUUCUGGUGUUACUUGGCUAGAAGAGUUUCAACCCCCUGAUGAUUUUGUGAUACGCAGAGGGCUAUACAAGGGUCCUGUUAUUAGAAAAUGAGAGAUGUAGAAGUGGUGUAUCGUUCAUUCGAAAUGAGAUUGGGUCUUCAUUAGAAAAAUAUAUUUAAAAGGAAUAUGGACCAGAAUUUGCCAAUAAUCUUGAUAUGGAUUUGAGUUUUUGAUGAACUUUGGCAAUAAUUGAUGGUUUUGCAUAUAUGAAAGUUAGGCAUGUGGCUGCUUGUACAUGUUAUUGUGCAGUCUGAUUUAGUGGCCUCACUGUUAAUAGUGAGAGAGCUGCUGGUAGUUUAGAAUGCCUGUACGUAUUAUUUUACGGUCCUUUGAUUUACUGACCUCACUGUUAAAUAGUGAGAGAGCAACUGAUCUAUAAUUGAAUGGAAAUAAAUACUGGCUUAGACCCA